CCGCCGCCGGAGCCCGGGAUGGGGCGAGGAGAGGCUGCGGCGGACGCCAGCAUCUCCCCGCCGGGGGCCGCGGAGCCGCCGCCGCUGCUGCCGCCGCCGCUGCUAAGACCCAGCGGGAGAUGGCCUAUGCCAGGCCCAUCGUGCUUUCUCUUUUCCUGCUGCCUAUGGAUCAGGAUGUAGAACUCUCAGCUCUUUUUUCAGCACUAUGUCUACCUGUGUGCCACCAUUCUCCCUGCCAUGAUGAUAAAGGAUGAAACCUCUGAAACUGAUGAAGAUGAGACGCUACAAGCUCUUUCUCAUGUUCUGUAUGGCUGGCCUGUGCCUCAUCUCUUUCCUGCACUUCUUUAAGACCUUAUCCUAUGUCACCUUCCCCAGAGAACUGGCCUCCCUCAGUCCUAACCUUGUAUCCAGCUUCUUCUGGAACAAUGCCCCUGUCACUCCCCAGGCCAGUCCAGAGCCAGUUGGCUCCGACCUGUUGCGCACCCCACUCUACUCCCACUCUCCCUUGCUCCAGCCCUUGUCCCCCAGCAAAGCCACUGAGGAAUUGCACCGGAUGGACUUUGUAUUAUCUGAAGACACCACCGAGUACUUUGUGCGCACCAAAGCCGGUGGUGUUUGCUUCAAACCAGGUACCAAAAUGCUGGAGAAACCUUCAGGGCGCAGAGAAGAGAAGCCGGAAGUGGCUGAGGGCUCCUCAGCCCGGGGCCCUGCUCGGAGGCCCAUGCGGCACGUAUUGAGUACACCAGAGCGCCUGGGUAGCCGGGGUACUAGGCGCAAGUGGGUUGAGUGUGUAUGCUUGCCCGGCUGGCACGGACCCAGCUGCGGGGUGCCCACCGUGGUGCAGUAUUCCAACCUGCCCACCAAGGAGCGCCUGGUGCCCAGGGAGGUACCGAGGCGGGUUAUCAAUGCCAUCAACAUCAACCAUGAGUUUGACCUGCUGGACGUGCGUUUCCACGAGCUGGGUGAUGUGGUGGAUGCUUUCGUGGUGUGCGAGUCAAACUUCACCGCCUAUGGGGAGCCACGGCCUCUCAAAUUCCGAGAGAUGCUGACCAAUGGCACCUUCGAGUACAUCCGCCACAAGGUGCUCUAUGUCUUCCUGGACCACUUCCCACCUGGUGGUCGGCAGGAUGGCUGGAUUGCAGACGACUACUUGCGCACCUUCCUCACCCAGGAUGGUGUCUCCCGCCUACGCAACCUGCGGCCUGAUGAUGUCUUCAUCAUUGAUGAUGCAGACGAGAUCCCUGCGCGUGAUGGUGUGCUGUUUCUCAAGCUCUAUGAUGGCUGGACGGAGCCCUUUGCCUUCCAUAUGCGCAAGUCCCUGUACGGUUUCUUCUGGAAGCAACCGGGCACACUGGAGGUAGUGUCGGGCUGCACCGUGGACAUGUUGCAGGCUGUGUAUGGACUGGAUGGCAUCCGCCUACGCCGUCGCCAAUACUACACCAUGCCCAACUUUCGACAGUAUGAGAACCGCACAGGCCACAUCCUAGUACAGUGGUCCCUUGGCAGCCCCCUGCACUUUGCGGGCUGGCAUUGCUCCUGGUGCUUCACACCCGAGGGCAUCUACUUCAAGCUUGUGUCGGCUCAGAAUGGCGACUUCCCACGCUGGGGUGACUAUGAGGACAAGAGAGACCUCAAUUACAUCCGCAGCUUGAUUCGCACUGGGGGCUGGUUUGACGGCACGCAGCAGGAGUACCCUCCUGCAGACCCCAGUGAGCACAUGUAUGCGCCCAAAUACCUGCUCAAGAACUAUAACCAAUUCCGCUACCUGUUGGACAACCCCUACCGGGAGCCAAAGAGCACUGCGGAGGGUGGUCCCCGGACCCUGGGCUCUGAGGGAAGGUCACCUUCUGCCAGGGGCAGGUUAGAUACAGUGGAGGGCUAAGUAAGGCUGGGCAGGCUGGGGUGAUGGACACCCCAGUGUUAUCUUUGGCCUCCUUGCGUCCCUGGAGGCUCCUGAGAGAGCCAGGAGUCCUUGUAAGUGGUUCUCUCUGCUCAAGCCCUCUGGAAUUAAGGGUUAGGCCUUUUAGCCCAAAACAGAAAAGAAAAAGUAAUCUUUUCCAGUAGAGAAGAGCAAGCCCAGACAUCCGUGCAGCAUUUUGUCUGUGUUCUGUGGGCAAGAGGUGUCCUUGGAGAGCAUAAGGUAGUUUUCUGUGAUUGUGAGGGCUGUGGAAUUUCAGUCUAGUUGGGAGAAGCCGGCUUUUGACUUUCUGAAUUAUUGACCUACAAUGGAAAAGGGGGUAUGCCAUGCCAGGAGUUCCCAGAAUACUGUAAAUAAAUGCAUUUGGAUCCAGAAACAAGAAGAGCAGCUUAGUAGGAAGGGACCAAAAA